GCUGAAGUCCAACCCCUCCUAUCUGAGAGAGCUGGACCUGAGUAACAACAACAUGCAGGAUUCAGGAGUGAAGAAGCUGUGUGGUUUUCUGGAGAGUCUAGGAUGUGGACUUGGAACUCUGAGAUUGAAGGACUGUGGUUUGUCAGAGAUCAGCUGUGAUUAUCUGGUAGCAGCGCUGAAGUCCAACCCUUCCCAUCUGAGAGAGCUGGACAUGAGUGGAAACUGCAACCUGCAGGAACCAGAUGUGAAGCAGCUGUGUGAGCUUAAGGAGAGUCCAGACUGCAGACUGGAGGUGCUGUGGUGGAGACAUCUAAGCUUCAAAGAGAAGAAGGUGAAGAAGACCAAGAGUUAA